GUAGACCGGUGGGACGAAAUAACCGGCGGAUCAACCGGGGCAUCGUGGAGGAGUGCUGCUUUCGGAGCUGCGACCUGGCUCUGCUGGAAACCUACUGCGCCAAGUCCGUCAAGUCCGAGCGGGACCUCUCUGCCACCUCCCUGGGGAGCCUGCCGGCGCUCAGCAAGGAGAGCUUCCAGAAGCCCUCGCACGCCAAGUACUCCAAGUACAACGUGUGGCAGAAGAAGAGCUCGCAGCGGCUGCAGCGG